AUGGCCGAUCCUCGCAUAAAAACUCUCAAAAUCAAAACAGGUGUAGUGAAGAGGUUAGCCAAAGAAAAAGUAACGUAUGAGAAAGAAGCCGAUCAGCAAAGAAACAGAAUCGAGAAAUUGAAACGUGAGGGUAAGGACGAAUAUGACAUCAGAAAGCAGGAGGAGGUCCUGCAGGAGAGUCUGAUGAUGGUCCCUGACUGCCAGAGACGCCUUGCACUUGCUUUCGACGAACUGAACAAAAUCCUCGCCUCUGAGCAGGAUUUGAAGGAACUUGAGGAGUACCAAACUGCUUUGAACGUGCUAGAGGAGGCAAAGUUGCAAUUGCCACAAAAAGAUUAAUUCGUUGUUUUCGUAAAUUAGUUAAAAAUAAUGGAUCAGCUCGGGGACACCCCCAGACUUAACUAUCUCGACCCCCGACUUUCCAACUCCAACGUGCCACUUCCCGUCAAAAUCGACAAGGAAAAAGACCAACAAA